AUGAAGCUUAGUAUUGCCAAUCCAGCCAGAACUACUCAAACAGUAGUUGAAGUAGAAAAUCACGUUGAAGCCGUGUUAUACGAGAAACAGAUCGGAGAUAUUAUUGAGGCUGAAUUUAUUGGACCAGAAUGGAAAGGCUUUCUUUUAAAGAUCACUGGAGGAGCAGAUAAGCAAGGAUUCCCAAUGAAGCCUGGUGUUCAGAAGCAAGAACGAGUGCGUUUAUUGCUUAAGAAGGGCGAUGUUGGCUUCCGAUGCAACCGAGAUGGUUUAAGAAGACGUAAGACAGUCCGAGGAUGCAUUGUUUCUAAGGAGAUUCGAGUGCUUAACUUAGCCGUACUUAAGGAAGGCGAACAUGUCUUUGAAGGCUUUAAUGACCGAGUAACUCCUUUACCUAAGGGACCUAAAAGAGCAACUAAGAUCAGAAAGCUCUUUAACUUAAGCAACGAUGUGACUGACUUAGAACCGUACGUAAUUGGCCAUGAGAAGACUCUUAAGAAUGGAGAGACCGUUAUUGUCAAACCAAAGAUUCAACGGCUUGUUACAGAGAAGAAGAAGGAGAGAUGGGCAAGACGAAUUACUGAACGUAUUGCCAGACAGACCAAGAGUCGGCAGAAGAAGAUUGCUUACUUUGCCAUGCUUAAGGAGAGAGGAAUCACUGUCAGCAAAUAA